AUGCUGCUUCAUCAAAAUUUACAACGCUUUAUUGAUGACCAAAAGUGGCUAAGACAGAACAUUACACAAUGUUCUUUUAACCGUAUAAACAGCUCAAAGCUGGAUUAUAUGGGAUUUUUGGGAAUUGUUGCCGUGGCAAUUCUAUCAGUUAUCCUUUUCAUUGUCUUACUGCUGGUUUUCUUACGGAUUCGAAAGGUGUGGAACUUUGGCUGUGUGGCUUGGGUGUAUGAUGCUGACAACUCCAUGAAUGGCACAUACCAGGUGCCCUAUGGUUUUAACAAGAAACCUCAUCAAGACCAGGGCUUUUUCUCAUGGAUCUCAGCUGUCUUUCACUUGAAAUAUAGCGACAUCUAUAAACGAUGCGGUCAGGAUGCCCAACAUUAUUUGUCCUUUCAAAGACACCUAAUUUACUUUCUUGCUGUUGCCAGCAUCAUCUCGCCAUGUGUGCUGAUACCUCUCAACAUGAUGGGGACUGCAUCCACGGGAAAAGGACUUUUUAUAAAGACAACAAUGGCAAAUAUACGAGAACGAGAUGAAUUCUUGUGGCCCCAUUUUAUAAUGGGGCUCAUUCUAUCAGGUUGUAUGAUAGGCUUCAUAAGAAAACACUCAUCCUCCAUACAUGAGGAUGAGGAUGAGGUAAAUCACAUGGUUUUUAUUCAUAGACUACCACAAAAUGCAGAUAAGGAAACUAUCAAGAAGCACUUCAAUGAAGCCUAUCCUUCCUGUAAAGUGGAGAGAAUUCAUAUGUGCAGGGAUGAAUAUAAAAAAGAACUAAAAGACACCUGCCAGUCACAUAUUGGAUCAGCCUAUGUGACAUUUUCUAACAACACAAUGGUCAACUUGAUUCUUAAAGACUUUAAUGCCAUUUCAUAUUACAGAAGACCCCAAUCAAGCGUAAGUGACCAGCUGAAAAUCUCCCACUGGUCUGUGCCUCGUGCACACUACCCAGAAGACAUAUUAUGGAAAAACAUGUCUGUUUGUGGCUGGAAGUGGUGGGCUCGAUACCUGUGUAUUAAUGGAUUGCUUUUUACCCUGCUAUUAUACCUGACAACUCCAGAAAUGAUUGUCACUAAUCUGGACAUGUGGAAAAUAACAAAACCGUUCUAUUUUUUGGAUAAGGUUCUCAAAUAUUUCCCAGCUUUGUCACUGUGGAUAUUUUCUGUAAUACUUAAGUCCAUGGUUCUUUUGUCCACUCCAUAUGAGGCACAUUGGUUUAAAUCUACGGAGAACAGAAUGAUAAUGUACAAAAUGUUCUCCUACCUAAUUUUUAUAGUCCUCAUAGCACCAUCACUGGGCCUCAACAGCUUAUAUGCAUUCUUUGAGUGGUUGUUUACAGAACUGCCAGAUCCUAAGAAUGAGGCCAGACUGGAAUGUCUAUUUUGGCCUAGCCGAGGAGCCGUUGUUAUCCAUUAUGUGAUCAUUGCCACUUUUGUUGGCAAUGCAAUGGACUUGGUGCGAAUUCCAGAAUUCCUAUGGUAUAUCGCAUGCAUGGCUUCUGUAAGAUCCACUGCAGACAGACUACGCAAAAUGGAGACUCAGGCUAACGAUUUUUCAUAUGGAGGGAUGUAUGCCAAUAUACUGUGUGUCAUCACAGUUGUUAUGGCAUACAGUAACAUUUCCCCGUUGGUGGUACCCUGUGGUUUACUUUAUAUGUCAGUAAAACAUCUUAUAGACACACACAACCUCUAUUAUGUGCAUCUUCCAACCAAACAGGACAGAAGUGUACAUAACGCCGCAGUGGGAUUGUCCAUUGCAGCUCCAAUCUUCUGCCUAACAUGGCAGUUCCUUUUCUGUGUCCUGCGGAGAGGCUGGAUUCCGCUGACUGUAAUCCAGGGAGCUGUUCUGCUCAUUUUGAUUAUGUAUUCCCUGAUUAAAGCUUUAACUAGCAUUGUCAAACAUUUCAGUCCAUGCGUGUUUAAGACCAAUGAAUCAUAUCCGGCAGUACCGACUAGCAUAAGCAGGGAGGACGGUUCUGAGAAGUCACCUGUGCACAGCCCAAGUGUCGUCAUAAACAUUGAGAUGGAAGAGGAGCAACAGAACACAAAUGCAAGUGAACCACAGGGGGGUGUGUGCAACUUCUAUAAGAACUAUCCUUUAAGUGGCGUCCUCAACAUUUUCACUGCAUGCAUGUAUAAGACCAAGGAAUCAUAUCCAGCAUCACCGACUAGCAUAAGCAGAGAGGACGGUUCUGAGAAGUCACCUGUGCACAGCCCAAGUGUCGUCAUAAACAUUGAGAUGGAAGAGGAGCAACACAACACAAAUGCAAGUGAACCACAGGGGGACGUGUGCAACUUCUAUAAGAACUAUCCUUUAAGUGGCGUUCUCAACAAUUUCACUGCAUACAUGUAUAAGACCAAUGAAUCAUAUCCAUCAUCACCGACUAGCAUAAGCAGAGAGGACAGUUCUGAGGAGUCACCUGUGCACAGCCCAAGUGUCGUCAUAAACAUUGAGAUGGAAGAGGAGCAACACAACACAAACGCAUUCAAUAACAUUCUUGGUGACUUUUUCAUGGAAGAUGGUCCCCCAUCGUCUCCGAAGAAGUUUUAG